AUGGGGACGCACCAGACGGCUGCGCAUCUCGCGCACGGCACCAGCCUCGUCGCCUCCUUCCCCUCGCCCGUCUCUCGCUUCUUCCCCUUCUUCGCCUUGUCGUACCCCGGCACGCUCACCCUCGCGGGCGGCGGCAUGCCCAUGCUCCUCAGCACCGUCGAGUUCGGCGCUCGCCUGGCGCUGAACGCCCUCUUCCCGCAGCACGAGCACAUCGCCAUCCCGAGCGUCUUUGGCACGCCACCGUGCGUGUUGGCCGCGCUCGCCUUCGCCGUCGCCUUGGCCUUGUGCUUGGCGUGGGUGGAGACGCCGAUCUGCGUCGGGUUGGUCCGGGGUUCGGCGGUUGGCAACGACGGCGGGGGUAGGACCGCGGGUCGCCUCGCGCGCGCCGGGGCGGUCCUCAUCGUAACGGUCCUCAUCGCGGUGACGACGCCACCGGAGAUGCGCGACGCCUCCGGUCUCUCUUCGUCCGCCGAACGUUCGACCUCGUCCCGCGCGUCUUCGUCCUCCUCCUCCUCCCACCAUCGCGUCCCCCGGUCCUCGUCGUCGACGACGCGCGCGGGGUGCGGCGACGGCGCGGGGUCAUCCAGCCAUCCGAGGGAGCCCGUCUUCGCCCCGAGCCCCCGAGCCGCGCGCGCCCUGGCCCCCGCGCGCUCCAGGGCUCGUCUUCGCGCCUCCGCGUGCCUGGCCGCGCGUAUCGCGGCGGCGACAGCCUCCUCCUCCGCGGCGUCGUCAUCGCGGGUGGACGCGGGCGCGGAUUCAGGGGAUGACGCCCCCGACCGGCUCGACAUGGUGGCACGCAACGGCCGCGAGGAGAUGCGAGAAAAUUCGCCCGCGGGGCUCAUUGCGCGCCGCGCGCCCGGGUGUGGGGUUUGCGAGGGAGCGGGAAUGCCGCCCAAGCGUGGACGCGGUUCGCCUGCCGUACCCGCCGCACCCGCCGCCGCCGCCGCCAGCCCGGCGCGCGGGCGACGGACGGAGGCGGACAGCGCGAGCGGACCCCUCAAAGUGCCCCGGCACCUUCUUGACUACCUUCACUACACGCCGAAGAAGGACGACGACAUGGCUGGCGAAGAAUUUCGUCCUGACGGCUGGGGGAAGAUAUCGACGAGCUGGCGGGUGCCGUGCGUGUACAGCCAGGAUGACGGCACAUUGAAACCCGAUAGCGUUUUCCUCGACCUGCUGCGAAGGGGUUUUUGCAAUGGGAACGUGAGGGAGAUCAUAGCGCUGUGCCGCAACGCAGACAACGUCCCUUACACCCCAGAGGAGAUUGAUGAAAUGAUGGAGGAUCUGAACAACAGCGGGCACACGUUAAACUUGCCGUUCUGCUUCACGGAAGGGGCGAUGGCGCUGAAGAAUAGCAUACUUAAGGAUGUGUUUAGUGGUUCCCUUCAUUUGUUCUGCGAUGACGGAAGCGCGGGAGUGAUGGAUGUUGAGGUGGGUGUCUACAUAACUCGCGCGCACGGCGCGGAGGCUACGUGGCACUACGACAACAACCACAACUUCACGUUCCAACUGUACGGCAGCAAGGAUUGGCACACCGUGGAGGAUGGAAACAACGUGAACGUCAUCGGCAGCAGGGGCUUGUGCGACCCGCCGAGAAACCGAGCAGAGCAGGUGAACCGCACUCCCAACUUUUCAAAGGAGAGAAUCACGCGUCUCGAGGCGGGCAUGGGGAUUUACGUGCCGCCCGGAAACUGGCAUAGGGUCGUGCCCGUGACUGAAGACCCGUUGUGUUUGAGCAUCGACAUCAGGAUCGCGAGCGUGACGAUGGCCCGUUGGUUGUGCGAGAACGUAUUUGCGAAGUUUAUGUGCGAACCAAGCUUUGGGUACAGCAAGGAUACGGGACAAAACGAAACGUUGGAACAGGAUGUCGCAAUUGGAUGGGAUAAGUACUUACGCCUAGAUCCCAGGAAUCCCCCGGAUCCCUUGCACACGUGUCUCAGCCGACACGUUGAGUACCUCAAAGCCGUUCUGUCGGGGGAGUGGAGGUAUCGGUUUUGCAACCCCCCGGUGGCCAUGCCUUUUGAGCCCGAUCUUUCGGAUGGCAUGGACCUGUGCGCCUCUCUCGAGUUCCUGAUCGACACGCUAUUGGAAGACACCAAAUAUGGACGAGAAGAUUUUUUUAACAAGUUGGCGAAGGAGAUCAAAGAGUCCCUGAAAGAGGGAUACGUCUGCAAACGGAAGGUUGCCCUCACUCCCUUUGUGGCUGUCACGAAAAAGGAGGCUGACGACGGCGUCGUCAUGCACAUGCGACACACAUCCGGUCUGACAAACAUGGAUUACCAGCGCUACGGCAUCCUGUGUCCGUUAGAUUGCGAGACGCUGAUAGACAGGAUCAUCGAUCGGACGCUCACCUCGGACGACGUCGGGGCGAUACUCGACGGGUACGAGGUUGGCCAAGACGCGGAGGGCGACUUGCUGACGCUGCUGGCUCACGUCAACUUUCUCAACCUGGAGCCGGAGUCCCCCGCCGAGCGCCCGGCGGCGACGCGCGGGUCUUCGGGGGCUUCGACGGGACGGGUCACGAAGAGGAGGCGCGAGUGA